AUGUCGGUUCCAUCAGGAAAUGCAGUGGCCCCAGAGCGCAUGCAGUUUGCGGGAGGUGGUGGAGCCGGCAGCGGCGGUGAGGUGCCGCGGCAGUGGUUUCCUGAUGAGAGGGAUGGGUUCAUCUCGUGGCUGAGGGGGGAGUUCGCGGCGGCUAAUGCCAUUAUUGAUCUAAUGAUUCAUCACCUCCGGGCCAUUGGUGAGCCCGGGGAGUACGAUCAUGUUGCCGGGUGCAUUCACCAGCGGCGCAGCCUCUGGCAGCCUGUCCUCCACUUCCAGCAGUACUUCCCGGUGGCUGAGGUCAUGUUCGCCUUGCAGCAGGUGGCUUGGAGGAGGCAGCAGCAGAGGCACUUCGUUGGGCCGAAGGAAAAGGACGGGAGGAAACCGGGGUUUUGGUCCCGGCAGGCACAUCGUUUUGAGGGUGUUCGAGAGAACCACAGCUCCCCUGCUUCAGUUUCAGUUGGGAUGGAAGCUGUCGGGACAGCGAAGGUGGCAGAUAAUUCGCGUAAAGGAGAAGAUUUGAUGCCAAAGGGCAAAGCUGACAUGUUGGGAUCGAAAAACUCAUCAGAUGUGGUGGAGAAGAAGGGUGACGGUGAUAUUUCAACUAUGAUAGAAAAUUGCAGCCUGAAGGAGGGAGAAAAUCCAGCUGGAACUGAGCACAGUAAAUUGAAACCUGCUGUCACAGAUGUUAGCACACACUUGAUAGGGACUAGCAGUGAUUCCGUUCCUCGCCAUGCUGGGGAUAUUACCGCAAAUGAAGAUGGAAAACGGAAAUUUAGUCCUGUCCCCAAAGAUUUUGUGGCCAAUGAAAUAAGUGAUGGAAAAGUGGUCAAUGUCGUUGAAGGACUAAAGCUCUAUGAGGAGAUAUUGGAUAGCUCAGAAAUUACAAGACUUGUUUCUUUGGCAAAUGACUUGAGAGCUGCUGGUCGUAGAGGAGAGUUUCGAGGGCGGACGAUUGUGAUGUCAAAAAGACCAAUGAAGGGGCAUGGACGGGAAAUGAUUCAGUUAGGCCUUCCUAUUACUGAAGGAUCUCUAGAAGAUGAAAACACAGCAGGGACCUGUAAAGAGCGGAAGGUGGAAGAUAUUCCUGGUUUAGUGCAGGAUAUGUUUGAUCACUUGGUUCAGCUGCAGAUUAUUCCUGGCAAGCCUGACUUUUGCACUAUUGACUUUUUUGAUGAGGGGGACCAUUUGCAUCCUCAUACCCGGCCGCCCUGGUAUGGUAGGCCUCUUUGUAGUUUAUUUUUGGCAGAAUGUGACAUUGUCUUUGGCCGGGCAAUUGGGGGAGAUCACCGUGUGGGGGAUUACAGAGGUUCUCUCAAGCUCUGUCUUGCUAAGGGAGCUCUUCUUGUGAUGCAAGGAACAAGUGCUGAUCUAGCCAAGCAUGCUAUCCCCCCCCUGCGGAAGCAGCGCAUCUUUUUAACUUUCGGGAAGUCCCGACCAAAAAAGGCUUUUCCAUCUGAAGGCUUGCGCCACUCUUCAUCCACUGUACCUCCACCAUCACCUUGGGGCUCAAGUUCAGUUAGACCGCAGAACCUUGCCCAUCAGUCAUCUGGCCCUAAGCAUUAUGGCGUUGUUCCUGCUACUGGUGUCCUGCCAGCACCGUCUAUUUGCCCCCAACACCUGCCCCCACCUAAUGGAAUCCACCAGCAGGUCUUAAUUGCAUCUUCCCCUGUCACCUCUGCAGCUAUGCCUUAUUCUGCAUCUGUCACAGUGACUCCCUCAUCAGCUGCAUGGACAGUGGUUGCACCUGCAAGGCACCCAGCACCUCAAUUGCUGGUUCCUGGAACUGGAGUGUUCCUGCCUCCACCUGGAUCUGGCCAUUCUCCAACAUUGCAGCAGCCACCUGUGGCUUCAGCAUCCACUGUAACUAGCUUUCCUCUGGAGACAGCUGCCUUGGCUGAGAAUGAAAGCAGCGGGUUGGAAAAGCCAAAUUUGAUCAACAAUGCUUCUCCAAAGGCUUCGCCAAAGAAUAGGGCAGAUGAGACAGGACCUAAAUUGCAUUGUAAUGGGGACUCCAGCCGUGAUAUUGUUGUUGGUGAGAGGAUGGUGGUAGGUAAGGAAGACCAGCAGAAUGUUUGUGCUACAAAAAAAGUGGUGAACAAGCCAGCAGGUAAUGCUACCAAGUAGAUUGAAGUGGAUUCAGACACAUGAGGGAGAUGUGUUCUUCUCAAUCAAUAGCAGAAACGGAUUUUCAGGAAACCAUGCAAAGUUUCGGAGCAAAUGUAAAGUGUGACAGAGAGGUUGCUUGACCACCUUGUGAGUUGAGAUUUAGAACUAAAUCUGUUUUUAAUUUUUGUAGGGUCUAAAAUUUUUCUUUUUCCUUUUUUUUCCAUUUCAUUUUGCUGUUAUUGUUUCCAAACUUUUGCUAUUUGUUUAUAUGAACUUUACUCAGAAGAAGAGAAAAACAUUUUCUCCAGA